AUGCUGCGACACGUUGACAAGUUGAUUCUCGUGAUGGGAGAUGUUCAGGCCCGCGAGGGUUGCAUCGACUUGGGCCAGAUGCUCAGCUACUUGACGUUUGAUAUCAUUGCCGAGCUGACCUUUGGCGAGUCUUUGAACCUGCUCGGGGAUCCAACACAUGCGCCAUGGCUUCAUGGACUCCAUCACGGUCUCAAGUUUAUUGUCAUCCGGGCCAUCCUGCUGGAACUUCCCAUCCUGGGGUCUCUCCUCGAGGUCGCGACAACGGGUCCGCUAAAACGAAAGAUGUACGAGCAUUAUCAAUAUUCCAGGGCACUGGUAGACAAGAGGUUCUCGUUCACUGGAACGGGCCCGGAGGACCUCUGGAAGCUCGCCCUGAGGCACGAACACGACGGUCGGGGGCUGACGUUGGAAGAAAGGCAUGCAAACGCGGCCAUGUUCCUGCUCGCUGGUUCCGAGACAACUCAAACGACGCUGUCGGGAACCAUUUACCACCUUCUUAUGAACAAGCCCGCCCACACUCGACUGAACAAUGAGAUUCGAACCGCUUUCCAACAUGGUGGGCAGAUCUCCAUUUCCGGCGUUUCGAGGCUGCCGUAUAUCAAGGCGGUGAUGCAGGAAGGGCUGCGGGUAUACCCGCCUGGUGGUGUUGCCAUUGGCCGAUACGUGACCAAGGGCGGUAUAGUGGCGUGUGGCCACUACCUCCCAGAGGGAGUAGGUUUCAAGGCGAAUAGGUCUAGGAAACCGGAGAUAAUGCACCGGUCCUCCUCCUAUACCGUGGGGGCCAGGCGGGCUAACUCUACGACGGAUAGCUUGGCCUGGGCUGAGAUGAGUUUAGCCCUCGCCAAGUUGGUCUGGCAUGCCGAUCUCGAUUUGUGCCCCGGCAUGGAGAACUGGCUGGACCAAAAGUGUUAUCUGAGUUGGGUUACGGGUCCUCUGCUGGUAAAGGCGCACAAGGUCAGGCACAAGGUCAGACAGGUGGGCUAG